AUGCAGCAUUUGCGGAAGCCCCAAACAGUGGAGGUGCUGCUGCGGCUGCUGGUGACGAGCCGGCUGCUGCCUGCUGCUGCUCCUGCUGCUGCUGCUGCUGCAGCAAAGGGACUGCAGCGCAGCAGCGGGGGCCCCCUCCCGCUGCAGCUGCUGGCAGCAACUGCCACUCUCGGGAGGCCCCUCCACCGCCGCCUCACAAACUUCGUUCGCUGGAAGCAGCAGCAGCUGCUGCAUGCGCAGGAGCCCCCGCUGCAGCAGCACUUCGCCUUGCCCUCCCGCUGCAGCAGCAGCAGCAGCAGCAGCAGCAGCAGCAGCAGCAGCAGCAGGCAGGCGUGGGCUGGGGCUUUCGCCACGCCGCAGCAGCGCAUGCGCGCAGCCUUUAUGAGACUUGCUGCUCGGGGCCUCCUGGGCCUUCCCAAAUUCACCCAGGCCCCAGAGGGGCCCCUCGGGGGGCCCCCAGGGGGGCCCCCUUGGGGGCCCCUGGGGGGCCCCCCACAGGGGGCCCCCGCAGCUGCAGCUCGUGCCCCCCUCCCCUUCAAGUCUUUGCUGCCAGUCAUAAGGUGA